AUGCCUCACAGAACAACUUACUUCUUCCCGAGGCAAUUCCCGGAUCGCAGGUUCGAUUCGUCUUCCAAGCAGCUGUUGCAAGAAGAUCACAACGAUCACGAGAAGCGCAAAGACAGCGACGCUUUUGAAAAUGGAGAUCAUGAUCAACAACACCAAAAGGUGCCCAAAACUGCCACCAACAACUUGUACAAAUCAUCAGCUGCUUCCAGAGAUGACAGUGCGCCGCCCGAUAUUCAGUACUUCACGGGCGGCCACCAGAAGAAGCCACAGUUGGCGGCUUUCUGCGACUGGUUCCUCCAAGACAAGAAGAAGGGUCCCAGCGCUCGAUCCAAGUCCAGCGCUGGGCAUAACCUGAGGGCUACGAGGCUGUCGUCAUCCUCGAUCUCCUCGUGCCACCUGGUGGAUGAGGAUCGGGAGCUGUUGAUCCCGCAGCCUCAUCAUGAUGAUCAUGAUUACCACCAUGAGGCUGCUGCUCCGCCGCAGCCGCCGGAGUCGUCUACCACGACGACGCUCAAGGACAGGAGCGUUGACCGGAACUUUGACCGGCAGGUGUCGCUGCCGAGGGUGUCGAGCGGGAGUAGCUACGCGGGGAGCUUGUUCUCUGGAACGACGACGUUGGAUGGGAACUUCUCCGGGGAUGUUAAGGACUCGUCGGCCACGACGAGGCAUAUGGAGGAGGAGGAGGAGGAGAGUAGUAAAGUGAGUUUGGUGCAGAGGUAUAAAGAGAGCUAUUAUCUGCAGCUUCUUUUGGCUAAGAGGCUUAGUUCUCAUGCUACUCUUGGUAGUGAAUCAUUGCUCUUGCAUGAGAGUGCUGCACUUGAGGUUUCCGAUGCUGAAACGGUGUCGUAUCGGCUCUGGGUUAGUGGCUGUUUGUCAUACAAUGAAAAGAUAUCUGAUGGUUUCUACAACAUUUUGGGAAUGAAUCCAUAUCUAUGGGUGAUGUGCAAUGAUGUCGAGGAAGGUAAGCGAAUACCGUCCUUGACGUCGCUUAAAGAAAUUAAACACGGUGAGACGUCAAUGGAGGUUGUUCUUGUUGAUAAACAAGGGGAUUCUCGCCUGAAGGAGCUUCAAGAUAAAGCACAUGAACUUUCAUGUGCUUCAGAGAAUACUUUAGUGUUGGUGGAGAAACUUGGCAAGCUUGUUGCCAUUUACAUGGGGGGUAAUUAUCCUGCGGAGCAAGGAGAUCUGCACAUGCGUUGGAAAGUGGUUAGCAAGAGAUUGAGGGAUUUUCAUAAGUGUACUGUGCUCCCCAUUGGCAGCCUAUCAAUGGGGCUUUGCAGGCAUCGCGCCAUUCUUUUCAAGAAAUUGGCAGACCACAUAGGUUUGCCUUGUCGGAUAGCUCGUGGUUGCAAGUAUUGUGUGGCAGAUCAUCGGUCUUCUUGUCUUGUCAAAAUUGAAGAUGACAGGCAGUUUUUGAGGGAAUAUGUGGUUGAUCUAGUUGGGAAACCAGGAAACCUCCAUGGUCCAGACUCCUCAAUAAAUGGAGGAUCUCUUUCUACGAUACCUUCACCAUUUCAAAUUUCUCAUCUAAAAGAAUUCCAACAACCUUACAGGAAAAAUGGAUUAUGUUGCCAACUUACAAACUCAAAGCACACACGUGCUCCUCCCGAAGAUCCAUUCUAUUCAGGCGGUGGGGAGGGAGGUCAGGUCAUCACGGAAAGCAGUUUGCUUCCAGUUGAUCAAACUAAAUUUGGGAUGGAAUCUUCUCUGAUGCCUUUGGAGUUGAAAGGAAAUGCUCAAAAUUGCCUUCUUCAAAGUACCAUGCCAUCUUGUGUCCAGGGUGAUGCUUCUCAAGCUCUUGAUGUUGCGCCUGCUGCUGCUGCUGCUGUGGCAUCAUUAGAGGAAUCUGCUAGACUUGGCGAAGAAAAUAUUGUUGUACAACAAGCGUACAGAAAGGAGAUUGUUGUAUCAAGAAGUCAGGUUAUAAGCAACAGUGUCAAGCAACCUGAAGUAUGUGUGUUCAAUCAAUCAGAGAUAGAGGGGGUUCAUGGUGAACUUGUGAAACAAGGUAGAAUUACUGCUGUGACUAUCCCCAGGUACUUGAAUCUUGAACCCUCUCUUGCAAUGGACUGGCUUGAGAUCUCAUGGGACGAGUUAAAUAUCAAAGAGCGAGUUGGAGCUGGCUCAUUUGGGACAGUGCAUCGUGCUGAAUGGAAUGGAUCGGAUGUUGCUGUCAAGGUGCUAACUGUUCAGGAUUUCCAUGAUGAUCAAUUGAAGGAGUUUUUACGAGAGGUUGCAAUUAUGAAACGUGUCCGCCAUCCGAAUGUAGUCCUUUUCAUGGGUGCAGUUACAAAGCGUCCACAUCUGUCAAUAGUGACAGAAUAUCUGCCUAGGGGUAGUCUAUAUCGCCUCAUACACAGGCCAGCUUCUGGGGAACUUCUGGAUCAGAGGAGGCGGUUGCGCAUGGCAUUGGAUGUGGCCAAAGGGAUCAAUUACCUCCAUUGUCUUAACCCUCCUAUCGUCCAUUGGGAUCUUAAAUCUCCCAAUUUGUUAGUUGAUAAAAAUUGGACAGCGAAGGUAUGUGAUUUUGGGUUGUCCAGAUUUAAGGCGAACACUUUCAUCUCAUCUAAGUCUGUUGCAGGAACACCCGAGUGGAUGGCUCCGGAAUUUCUUCGCGGAGAGCCCUCAAAUGAGAAGUCUGAUGUUUACAGUUUUGGAGUAAUCCUCUGGGAACUUGUAACAAUGGAACAACCUUGGAGUGGUCUUAGCCCCGCCCAGGUAGUUGGGGCUGUUGCCUUCCAGAACAGAAGGCUUGCUAUCCCAGCCAAUACUCCGCCAAUGUUGGCUUCGCUUAUGGAAUCCUGCUGGGCUGAUGAUCCUGCUCAGCGCCCGUCUUUUGCUAGUAUAGUUGAGUCCCUAAAGAGGUUGCUAAAGUCUCCUCUGCAGUUGGUACCUGUGGGCGGAAAAUGA